CGCUCAACCGACUGAGCCACCCAGGUGCCCCAGCUGUGCGUAUUUUAUCGUCGGCACAGGUACUGCUGGGCUGCAAAUCUGACUCCCGCAAGUCCUCACAGAGACAGAAACACGCUCCAGCUUCCAGAAAAUCACAGCCAGCCUCGUGCUCCAGAGAGGCACACCCCUUCCUACAUAGAGCCCCGAGAAGCUUCUCCUGGGCCUUGUCAGUGGGAUCUCUGUGAAUGCUGGGGGCCGGGCUAUGGAGGGCCUGCCCCAGGGCCCUCUGACACAAACCUGUGCCUUAAUGCCGAUGUGAAACUCCAUGAGACCCAAAUCGUACGGUCCAAUUAUCUAUCUCUGGGAUGCUAGAUUAAUUCCAGAGUAGAAGUUAGAAAAUUUGGGGACAGUGAAAGGCCCGCAGAACUCACGUGCCUCAACAUCGUUUCUGAAAGCUGGACACUUUAUACAAGAUUCCCCUCCAGAAAACCUGGAGGCUCAUUGGCUGAGUGGUCCAGAUCGAAGCGUUUUUAAGAGCCAGCCAGGGGCUGGGACUAAGGUCUUCAUAAGAGAGUAUAAGAGUCUGUACAACGGGGAGAGCUUCAUUCCAAGGUAGCUGCCUCAGACAUAAAAUGGGCCGUUUGCGACACCCCCCCUUAAAACCCUCAAGGCCCCCUCUUCCCCUUGGUAUGAAGCCCAACUCCUUCCCAUGGCUCACAAGCCCGAAGACUCUAUGUGGUCUGGCCCCUCCUCCCCUCUCCUGGUCAUUUUGUGCCACUCUCCUACCCAUGACGCUUCUUCUAGCCCUGUCUUCUUUCUUCUCCCUAACCUGCCCAAACUCUGCCUCUGCUGGCCUGUGCACCUGCUGUUCCCUUUCCUGACUCAGCCUUCCCCCUUAAGGCUUAGUUGAAACCUCAGCUCCUUAGAAAAGUUCUCCCCCUUUACCAUGUGUAAAUUUCCCCUGUGGCUGUAUCUCAGCACCCUCUUUGGUGUCUUUGUGGUUCUUUCCUGAGCUUCUCAUCAUUUUUAUUCAUUCCACAAGUAUUUAUCGAGCACCUUCUAUGUAUCAGGCACUGAAAGACAGUGAAGCAGGUGAACAAAUAAAUAAAUAAUAUAAUUAUGGUGCUACUUGAGUGCUCUGAUGACUCAGUGGUCAUGAUGUGAAAGAUGAUGUAAUCCUACCGUAUCAAGGUGUUUGAUUUAUAGCUCUGGGUAAACAUCGCCAGAGUUCUGAUGUGGGGGGACUCAGCUACUAUCAUUAAUAGUAGGUUAUGAAUAUGGUGACACCUGGUAGGCUUUUACUUAAAGAUCAACACACGAGUGUGGGGUGGGGGGGAAGAUGCCUCCAGUAACAACAACUCUUGCAAUAAUGUGGUACCAUUCAAGUGAGGCACCUCUCCAGGCCAGCGCACAAAUGGCUGUUGAGCCCCCAGAGAGAAAGGCAGAUAGAAAACAUCCGAAACCUUGCUAAGCUCAAUGUCAGAGAAAUCAUCUUGCUCUGUCCGCAAACAGAGAACUUGUUAAACUCAGUGGUUGAGUAAUAAAGUGUCCUGGGAGAGCUCUUGGGAACUCAGGUAAGGCUCACUGUUCACAUUUUACCCACCCACUGUUUCCCAAUUGUGGCUGAGUUUGAGUGCCGGGAGGUCUGAACCCUGAGGGUGGCUCCUGGCUUGCAGAGCGGGGAGAAUUUAGAGAUGUAAGGAGAUGGGACCACUGACGGAGUGGGAGGUGGAGGUGGACCACCUUGAGGGGUGAGAAUCGGGGAAUGGGCUCUUGGAAUAUCCUGGUGAAAUCAUGCCAAAAGGAACACUGCAGGGAACCAAGUGUAGGAAAACGAGUCACAAAGGGCAGCAGCUUUUGGCUUUGGUGCUGGUGGUGAGGGGUGGCAGAUCCCAAGGAAUGGCCAUAAAGUCUUCCAUAGUCUCUCUCUGCAGCUUGAAUCAGGAAUGGCCAUGCGAUUUGCUUUGGCCAACGGACCAAUAAGAAACAGGACAUGGGCAUCAACUUGAAGGUGCUUGUGCACUGGGGUUCUCCUUCUCUCGCUGCUGGGGAACCAUGUGGUGACUAGGAUGUGAAUAAGCCCCAGCUUGCCUGUGGGAUGGGAAGACCACGUGGGAGCAGAGAUGAGCUGUCCCAGAUGAGGCCCUCCCUGGAGGCCCCAGCCAACACACCAGCGGACCACAGAUGUUCGGGAGAACUCAGAGGACGUCAACCAAGCCGGCCCAGACUAGAAGAACUGCCCAGCCGACUCGCAGAAUCGCGGCUGUGUCUGUGCGUGACGCGGAGUUUAUCGGUGGCAAGGGGAAGCAGCCAAGCAUGGGAGGCAGGUGUCGUGAAUCCUGGUAUGAGCGGUUCCUGCAGCCCUGUCUGGUCGAACUGCUGGGCUCUGCCCUCUUCAUCUUCAUCGGGUGCCUGUCGGUCAUUGAGAACGGGCCGGACACUGGGCUGCUGCAGCCGGCCUUGGCCCACGGGCUGGCCCUGGGCCUCAUCAUCGCCACACUGGGGAAUAUCAGCGGUGGGCACUUCAACCCUGCGGUGUCCUUGGCGGCCAUGCUGAUCGGAGGCCUCAACCUGGUGAUGCUCCUUCCCUACUGGAUCUCCCAGCUGUGCGGGGGGCUGAUCGGGGCCGCCUUGGCCAAGGCAGUGAGUCCUGAAGACAGGUUCUGGAACGCGUCUGGGGCGGCCUUUGUGACGGUCCAGGAGCCGGGGCAGGUGGGGGGGGCGGUGGUGGUGGAGCUGAUCCUGACGACCCUGCUGGCACUGGCUGUUUGCAUGGGCGCCAUCAACGAGAAGACGCAGGGCCCUCUGGCUCCAUUCUCCAUUGGCUUUGCCGUCACCGUGGACAUCCUGGCCGGGGGUGCUGUGUCCGGAGCCUGCAUGAAUCCUGCCCGUGCCUUUGGACCUGCUGUGGUGGCCAAUCACUGGGACUUCCACUGGAUCUACUGGCUGGGCCCGCUCCUGGGGAGCCUCCUCGUAGGAGUGCUUAUCAGGUUCAUCAUUGGAGAUGGGAAAACCCGCCUAAUAUUUAAGGGACGAUGACCCUGGUGGCAUUGUUGCGGCCCCACCCAGAAUGCAGACAGGUCACCUUCUGCAUUUCCUGCCUGGGCAGAGGCCCAGAGGAGCCCCUCACUUGCUUCCCCCCAUGUGCGCCUGGCUUCCCAGAUAGACAGACUGCCGCUAAGUUCUGAGGAUGCUCUACGUUCUCUGAACUUCACUGUGCUCGGCGGAGACCUCAGCCUGGGGGGCGUGUUGCCAGCAUGAGGGAGAGGUCUUUCUCGGGAGGGAGGGUCCCAGGAGCUGAAUAGGUGGCUGUUUGUGCGCAGGAGUUCACUGCCCCCGGCCCCCUCUCCUUCUCCUUCUUCGCUGUUACAGAAGGGCCUUCAGGGGGUUUCCCUGCUUCCUGAGCUGCCACUUUAGCUUUGCAAUAAAUAGUCCACUAUUUC